GGUCCAGCGCUCCUCAUGGCCCACCCAUCUGUGGGCGGCUGGUCAUUGAAAGGCUUCAGAAACAUCUUUCUUUGUGAGGGGAUUCCCCAUGCAGAUAAAAAUCUGGGUUUCCUUGUUCUUCCCCAGGAUUUUUUUGAUGUGCUCCAUGAUCUCCUUAUUGCUCUUGGUCUCCACACCCACGAGGACCUGCUCCCCGGAAUCCAAAUAGAACCGCAGGAAGGGGGACGGCGUCAUGUUCUUAAACAUCAUAAUCUGUACCCAAGGAUUUUUAUGCUGGAUCUGAGGUGCUGGGGACACAGAAGAAUUAGAGCAGACCCAGCCCGGAGGAGCCCACAGGCUUGGAAGGGAGCAGAAUCUGGUAGCUCAGAGAACAAGAAACCUACAUUUAUGGAUGAGGAAGUCCAAAACAUACUCAUCAAGAUGACAGGCUUGAAUUUGCAGAAGAUUUUUAAGCCAUCUAUACAAGAACUGAAGCCACCAACCUAUAAGCUGAUGACCCAGGCACAGUUGGAGGAGGCUACAAGAAAGGCAAUUGAGGCAGCUAAAAUACGAUUAAAAAUGCCACCGGUUCUGGAAGAACGAGCACCAAUAAAUGACGUGUUAGCUGAAGAUAAGAUUUUGGAAGGAACAGAAACAGCCAAAUAUGUAUUUACUGAUAUAUCAUAUAGCAUACCACACCGGGAGCGUUUUAUUGUUGUCAGAGAACCAAGUGGCAGGCUACGCAAAGCCUCUUGGGAAGAACGGGACAGGAUGAUACAAGUUUAUUUCCCCAAAGAAGGCCGUCGAGUUUUAACACCAAUAAUUUUCAAGGAAGAAAAUCUUAAGACCAUGUAUAGCCAGGACCGGCACGUUGAUGUCCUCAAUCUCUGCGUCGCCCAGUUUGAGCCGGAUUCUACUGAAUAUAUCCAAAUUCAUCAUCAGACCUAUGAAGACAUAGAUAAACAUGGAAAGUAUGACCUUUUACGUUCAACAAGACACUUUGGUGGAAUGGCUUGGUAUUUUGUAAAUAGGAAAAAGAUUGAUGGUUUACUGAUUGACCAGAUUCAGAGAGAUUUAGUUGAUGAUGCCACCAGCUUGAUCCAGCUGUAUCACCUCCUCCAUCCAGAUGGCCAGUCAGCUCAGGAGGCUAAGGAGCAGGCUGCUGAGGGAUUACAUUUAAUUAAGGUCUUUGCAAAAACAGAAGCACAGAAGGGAGCAUAUAUAGAAUUAACACUACAAGCUUACCAAGAAACAUUCAUUAGCCAUUCUGCAGCUUCCUGAAGACAUUUUUUAAAAUAAAUUUCAUUUUACUAAAUUA